UGCGACGCGGAGCCCAGAGGAAGAUAGUAGUGAGAUGGGUGUCCCGACCUUGAGCAAGGCGUCCGUCUUCCGCUUCGCGCGGCAGCCUCGCCACCACGGCGUCAAGACGCGCCUGCUCCGGAGUCGCUCCAAGACGCUCAUGCUCGGCGGCCAGAGCACGGCCGAGACGGCGCAGUACGCGUCGUGCAACCCGAAUGGCGACGAGCCAUCAUCCAAUGCUCUUAAGCCGCUCAAGCUCAAGGACAUGUCGACCGACGAUCUUCUGCGGCACGCCGAGCAGCUCGAUAUGCACCUCGCCAAAAUCUACAUCGAGAGCCAGAAGACCAAGGCGCUCGCACCGAUCGUGACCAAGUCGAUUGGCCUUCCGCAGCAGCUCUGGGAAGACGCCGGCGUCGCGCCGCCGUACCAUAGCGCGCCCGAGUUUCAGGACCUUCGGUACACGGCCGUGCGCACAGCCGACCCGAUCGCGUUCUCGGCCGAUGGCUACAGCCUCCGGUUGCACACGCUCGGAAAGAGCAUCAAGGUGUUUAUCACGGUCACCAUGUACAACGAGCCCGCGUCGCAGCUCCAAGCGACGCUCACGGGCCUCGCAAGUGGCAUCGACUAUCUCUGCAACCAGUACGGGUAUGACUUUUGGCAAGAAGUCGCUGUCGUCGUAGUCGCCGACGGCCGGUCCAAGACCCACCACAGCGUCCUCCCGUACCUCGAAAGCUUUGGGGCGUUCGAGAAGGGGCUGCUCGCGUCCGCGAUUGCGGCGUCCAAGGACACGCACGUGCACCUCUUUGAGUCGACGAUCCAGCUGCGCAAAACCGACGGCGCGUUCCACUCGCCCAUGCAGCUCAUCUUUGCGCUCAAAGAGCACAACGCCGGGAAGCUGCACUCGCACCUCUGGUUCUUCAACGCGUUCUCCGAGCAAGUCGACCCGACGUACACCGCGCUCGUCGACGUCGGCACCGUACCCGCCGAGUCGUCCGUGUACCGCCUCAUCCGCAGCAUGGAGCGCAACCCGCAGAUCGGCGGUGUCGCCGGCGAGAUCGCGGUCGAUGAUCCCGACUUCUUCAACCCCGUGAUUGCGGCGCAGCAUUUCGAGUACAAGAUCGCCAACAUCAUGGACGCGUCAUUGCAGUCGGUCUUUGGCUUCAUCGGCGUCCUCCCUGGUGCCUUCUCGGCCUACCGCUACGAAGCCAUUCGAUCGAUCAACGGCGUCGGCCCGCUCGCAGAGUACUUUAAGAGCCUCACCGCAUCCAAGAAGGAGCUCGGGCUCUGCGUCGGUAACAUGUACUUGGCCGAGGACCGCAUCCUGUGCUUUGAAAUCCUCGCGCGCAAAAACUGCGACUGGACGAUGCACUACGUCAAGGACGCGAUCGCGCAUACCGACGUGCCCGAGACGCUCGUGGAUUUGAUCAAGCAGCGCCGGCGCUGGCUCAACGGGUCCUUCUUCGCCGGCCUCUUUGCGAUCUGGAACUUUGGCCGCGUCUGGACCGAGAGCGCGCACAGCUUGCCGCGCAAGUGUGCCUUUAGCCUCCAGUUCCUCUACCUCGCGUUCCAGAACGUCAUGAACUGGUUCCUCCUCAGCAACCUGUUUUUGACAUUUUUCUACAUCCUCUCGCUCGCGCUCUACUACAAGUCGAUCGAGGUCCUCCACGUCGUGCUCGGCACGUACUUUGUGCUCGUCGGGAGUCUCAUCGUCUUUGCCCUCGGCAACAAGCCCGGGCACCGCACGGCGAUCUACUACCGCGUGAGCUCGUACGUCAUGGGCACGAUCAUGCUCUGCGUCACGUGCAUCUCGCUCUACGCGCUCCUCGGGAACGUCCAGUUUGUGGACCCGCGCUCCGACUUGCCGUCGUGCAGCGUCAGCAACUACGAGCUCGAAGCCGGCGCGUUCUUCUCGCUCGGCAUCAUCUUUGUGUGCGCGUUCAUGCAUGGCGAGUUUGGCAUCGUGCGCAGCACUGUCCAGUACUUCUUCAUGCUGCCGACCUUUGUCAAUGUGCUCGGUAUUUAUGCGUACAGCAACCUCCACGACUUGAGCUGGGGCACAAAGGGCAUCGAGACGAGCGGCGGCCACGGUGGUCUGCCCACGAGCAGGUUUGGCAGCGUCAAGGACAUGGUGGCCCUCCACUUGAACGCGGCCACUACCGACGUCGUCUCAGAAGCCGACAAGCUAAAGGGCGUCGUCGCGGCCGAGCACGAAGACGUCGACAACCGGUUCCGUGUCUUUCGGUCGCUCUUACUGCUUACGUGGCUGCUCACGAACGGGUGCUGGCUCUACUACGCGACGAGCUUCAUCUCGUGCUCGUGCUACCUCAAGUACCUCAGCUAUAUCGUCGCGGUCUUCAACACGAUCCGGUUCGUCGGCGGCCUCCUCUUCCUCGCGUUCCGCAUGGCGCGCGGUGUGCUCCAUUGCUGCCGCCAAGGCGUCAUGAAGACGCGCCCGCUCCGCUGCGGCGGCAACCCGCAAGCGGGCGACGAUUGCUCGCCCGUCUAAUUUACUACUGCUAGUGUGUUGUUUGUGUAACUUAAAAAUGAAGUACGAUGCUUCUUUAUCAGGCGAGCGCACGCCUACAUGAA